CCAGCGUCUGCAGAGCUUCUCCAGUGUCGUCGUUGACUAUCAGGUGUCGUCUGUGCCUAAAUGUCUCUAUAGAUCUGCCCGGUGCAGUCAGGUGUGGAUUACAUGUCAGCGGCCACGCACAGUGUCUGUAAUCCAGGGGGAGACGAAGAUGGCGUGAUGGACACAGACGGACUGUGCGGGUCCAUCACGCCGCUAGUCCCUGUGUCACCGGAGACCUUUAAACUUGUAGUUAGCUGCCAUUAGCUCCGUUAGCACUCGCUUUGUUAGCCAACAACAACAAGUGACCAGCCGUGGGUUCAGUCUCUUUGUCACAUCCGGUUCCUCUGCUGCUGCCAUGGAGUCUGACGACGACGUGCCGCUCAUCUUAACCUGGGACGAGGCGAACAGCGGUCUGCUGAGCGAGGAGGCGGAGAGAGGAGACGAGAAUGGAGGUGCAGGCAAUUAUGACAUAGUGAACAAUGCGGUGAUCUCAACACCAGGGCCACAAAACCACAGAGCCCAGAAUGUGUCAUUACGGCAAAGCUGGGAGAUGAACUACCAGGAGGCAGCCAUCUACCUGCAGGAAGGAGAGAACAAUGAUAAGUUCUUCACGCACCCCCGGAACCCAAGGGCACUGGCAGCGUACCUGUUUGCACACAACCACCUGUUCUACAUGAUGGAGCUGCUGACAGGCCUGAUGCUGAUGAUGCUGUCGCUGUGCGAAGCUCCCGCCGUGCCCUCACUGCGCCUGGAUGUCUACGUCCAUGCUACUCUGGAGCUGCUGGCUCUGGUGAUGGUGGCGUUCGAGCUGUGCAUGAAAAUGCGCUGGUUGGGCUUCCACACCUUCAUACGACACAAGAGGACCAUGGUGAAGACGUGCGUGUUGCUGCUCCAGUUCGUGGAGGCCAUCGUGGUUCUGAUCAGACAGACGUCUCACGUGCGAGUGACCAGAGCUCUCAGGCCAAUAUUCCUGGUGGACUGUAGAUACUGCGGAGCUGUGCGCAGAAACUUGCGUCAGAUCUUCCAGUCCCUCCCACCUUUUAUUGACAUCCUCCUUCUGCUGCUUUUCUUCAUGGUUAUAUUUGCUAUCUUGGGUUUCUGCCUCUUCUCUCCAAACACUGCUGACCCCUACUUCAGCACUCUGGAGAACAGCCUCGUCAGUCUGUUUGUGUUAGUGACCACAGCAAAUUUCCCCGAUGUGAUGAUGCCAGCGUACUCCAAGAACCGCUGGUCCUGUGUCUUCUUCAUUGUUUACCUUUCCAUAGAGCUCUACUUCGUCAUGAACCUGCUCCUGGCUGUCGUGUUUGAUACAUUUAAUGAUGUAGAGAAGAUGAAGUUUAAGUCGCUUUUACUGCACAAACGCUCCGCUAUUGACCACGCCUUUCAUCUGCUAGUUAGCCGGCAGAGGCCGAUGGGCGUGUCGCUGAAACAGUUUGACGGCCUGAUGCGGUUUUACAGACCCCGGAUGUCUGCACGGGACCGCUUCCUCACAUACAAAGCUCUGAACACCUCCGGGGCUCCGAUGCUCAGUCUACAGGACUUUUACAAGUUCUAUGAGGUCACUGGCCUUAAAUGGAAGGCACGGCGAAGUGGAGAGCAUUGGUUUGAUGAUCUUCCUCAUACAACCUUCCUCAUUUUUAAAGGGAUCAAUCUGCUGGUGAAGUCUAAGGCUUUCCAGUAUGCCAUGUAUGUGGUGGUGGCCAUUAACGGUGUGUGGAUCCUUGUGGAGACGUACACGCUGAAUAGUGGAUUUUCCUGGUCCAGAAUUGUUCCCUGGAGUUACAUUGUUUUUCUGACCAUUUAUGGCGUAGAGGUGUUAUUGAAAAUAACAGGUUUGGGGCCAAUGGCUUAUAUCACCAAUGGGUGGAAUCUGUUUGACUUCUCUGUGACGGUCUUUGCCUUCAUGGGCCUGAUUGCCCUUGCAUUCGAUAUGGAGCCAUUUUACUUUAUCGUGGUGCUCAGACCAUUUCAGCUGCUACGGUUGUUUAAGAUAAAGCAGCGGUAUCGUAAUGUGUUAGACACCAUGUUCGAGCUCUUCCCAAGGAUGGCCAGUCUGGGGUUGACCCUAAUCAUCUUCUAUUACUCCUUUGCAAUUGUGGGAAUGGAGUUUUUUGCAGAUGUUGUCUACCCCAACUGCUGCAACACCAGCACCGUGGCAGACUCCUACAGGCAGAUCAACGUCACAUAUGGCAACAAAACAGUGUUGGAGGAGGGCUACUAUUAUCUCAAUAACUUCAACAAUAUUCUCAGCAGCUUUGUGACUCUGUUUGAACUGACUGUGGUCAAUAACUGGUACAUCACCAUGGAAGGAGUAACCUCUAUGACCACCCACUGGAGCCGUCUGUACUUCAUGACCUUUUACAUAGUAACCAUGGUGGUGAUGACCAUCAUUGUGGCCUUCAUUCUGGAUGCGUUUGUGUUCCGAAUGAACUACAGCCGCAAGAACCGGGAACCAGUGGAGAACCCAGAUGAUGAGAACGGGAUCGUGUUUGAAGUAGAGGUGAGUCGAGAUGAAGCUCUGGCCACACUAGAGCUGUACAAACAGACAUGUCCAGGACAGUCGUCCCUCGGCUCUCUACAGGGAGUCCUGCAAACUAUGGACAGGAGCGGCCACUCCUCUCUAGUGUACCUAGGCCGCAGGUCGAGGACAAAGAGUGACCUCAGCAUGAAAAUGUACGAGGAAGAGAUGCAGGAGUGGUUUGCAGAGUUUUCAAGGGAAAGCCUGCCUCAGCUAGACCAAAGCCCAGAGCGGAAUCUGAACAUUCCCGACUCUAACCCGUCAUCCUUCCCAGAGCCUCAGCUCAACUUACAGACUGGACCUAACUGCAUCAACUAACGCACAGUUUCUUAGGGUUACACUCACACCUCCAUCUCAGCAUUUUUUUUUAAUGCUAAGAAACUCCAUCACUACUGGUCUUCUCCUGGUCGCCCAACAUACAGUGGGAAAAACUUGUUCUGGGCCUUUGGGACUGAAGUGAGAUGAGUCAAUGGCGGCACCUCCCUGGGGCCAUCACUUCAUAUGGAGAGACAGCAGUGUGUUGAUCUGUUGUUUGUUGCUCGGACGGGAGCGUUGAGCGUUGCCCUUUUUACAGCCCUUUCAAAGACUGAAGCAAAUGUAAUGAGGGAAUCUCAUCUACCACAGUAUGUUGUGUUCAUGUACUGCUGUAGGCCUUUUGUAACCUUGUGUUUCAUGUAGAGCUUAAACCUGAUGCCUUAGUUUAAUGGCUCCUCUGAACAGUAUUGACACAGACACUUCCUUGUGUUUAAAGACCAAAAGUAUCAAGACUCACACUCCUUUUAGCUCAAAGCAGUUAAGGUGUAUCUCCGAACUACAUGUACUCACAACUCAAGGUGUUUUAUAUAACUUCCUAUUCUGUAAUGUAUUUCAGUUAGUAAAUAAGGGAUUUUAAUAAACUGCUCAAAUUGUCAA